AUGUCUGUGAUGCUGGUUCACGAUCGUGGCAUCCGUCGUCGAGCCUGUGGACGCUGCCAUCGGCAAAAGCUGGCCUGUCGUCGCAGCAACAACAGCGAAAGCUGCCUGCGUUGCGUGCGAGCAAAUGUUGCCUGCGUAUCUGGCCCAUUGCGCCCACCUUAUCGCGCCACUCCAUCCUAUAUGGCGGCGCAGCAGCCAGUUGAAGCGCCACCUUGGACGCAAAACAAUGGAGCUUCUAUAGCCUUGGAUCCGGAUGACGCUCAAUUCAGAGAAGAUGCAGAUAAGCAGACCAGUUGCUGGUCUACCAAAUUGUUCCAUAUCCAUCCAGAGCUAGAUACGACCGUGGACUUUGCUCCAGAGCAGCCUCUCUGCGAAGGCUUUGCCUCUGUCCAAGGUCUAACCAGUCCCGGUCUCAGUACUAUUCUUGGCCUGCACGAUGAUAAUAUUGAGCGCCAGCAAGAGCCAGAUGCAGAUAUAAGCGGCAGCAUUACACCACCAAAAGAAGGCGACCUCAUGGCGUGGAUUGCCAAAAUCUCCCAGCUCAAUAUUGGAUUGCACCAAAAUCUGCAUUCUAUUCCUCCCAUUGGAGUUUGGCAGGAGUGCUGGACAAAUCCAGCUGGCCCAAACGCAGCUCGGCUAAAUGAUGAAAAGGAUUUGGCCAUUGAUCGGACUUUGCAGCUCUCCCACCAAUAUGUCCAAGUGAUGAACCACGUCUUCUCAUAUUUUCACUCCACUGACAAGAUUAAAGAAAAUGUUUCAGCCACCUUGUCACCAUUAGGCGAUCCCCCUCAGCUCCUUGUUUUGUCCUGUUAUUCUUGUCUCAUUGAAACAUAUGACAAGAUUCUGCAGCACAUCGAGGCAUGUGCUAAAAUACGGCUUGAAAUGGAUGCCAGUGUUGCCGAGGCUUAUACCCCAAUUGCACUGCCGGGUCUCAACAUUGGAACAUUUGAGAUUGCGCCGUCGUCAACCUUGAAAGUUGUUAUUCUCUUACACAUCAUGGAGGCGAUGAUGGCUCAAGUUCGGCGCCUAGUGAGCGAGAUGACCAAGCCGUCGGAUGAAAAUGGAACAAUGAGUGGCGGUUUAACAGCCAAGACUGGAAAUGACAACGAUCCAACCAGUAUAACACGAGUAUCGAUGCAGGGGAUCCGUGCCAAAGAAAAGGCCAUCGUGGAACUCAUCAACACUGUGAGGGAUCUUGCAGCACAGUGCAAAAUUCUCUGA